AUGUAUACAUCCGUAAUCUCAGAACAGCUAAAUAGGCUUGCUCAGCGGUUCGGUGUACAUCUCCAACUUCCAGAAGCUUCUCAGCCAGUUCUCAUAUAUGGACCUUCCAGCGGUGUUCUACUAGUGCGCAAAUUCAUAAUGGUCAUAUCGCGCAUUCAACAUUUACAGGGUUUGUCACCAAUUGUCCUAUCAUUUGAUGUGCAUAUGGGAGAGCUUCGCUCGGACAUUGAAAGCACUCAAAAGGAAUUUGGUGUGAUGGUUUACUCAAAAAAGAAAAACAACGCACACGAUUUAGUGGCAGUAUCAGUGCGGUCUACAGAAGAGAAUAUGCUGAAAGUUAUUCGUACGAGAGAGUAUCUGCUUGGAUUAACUCUAACAAACUUUUUGGAAAAUGAAUACACUGGAUUAGAAACACCUCAAGGUACAUCUGAGGAAAAGCUUGUAUUGCCCAUGAACUCACUUUUUAAUGCACUUCCCGAAACACCAAAAAGCCCAAACCCAUUGGAUUCGCCAAUAGCUUCAUCCAUACUGAAGGGAGCUAAGGAGUACAACAAGAAAAACGAUUUGUGGAACAAGACGGUUGCAGCGAGAGCAGAUCGAGAGCAGAUGCUGCUGAAGGCUACGCAAGCAGUCUUUGACGAUAAUGCGCUCACGAAAUCAGUUCCAAGAUAUCCAACAGAUCUCUGGGCAGGCUACGGUUUCAGCUGCUCACUGCCGGCUGACCUAUUGAAAGGGAUAUUAGACAUACCAGAAGAUAAUGAAGUUCCAGAGGGAAGACCAAUUUUGGGCAGAGAUGCUAAGACCAGGAUUGUGUGCCGUACGCGAAGAAGACGAGCUGUCCGAGUUUUCUGGGUCAUUCAGCAGCAAUUCGAUGAAUUCCGCCAAUCGAAUACCAUAGUAUACAUGUUUCAAUCAACAAAGGCAAACUACUACAUAGCAUUUUCAGCAUUUUCCGCCUCCACUUCUAUAUUUGACUCUUCGCCUAUAGUUGCGGAAUUCACGUGGGACAUUCGAGUUUUCGUAGAUCCGGCAAUGGUGCUUGCACAACUGGGUUGCAGUGAAUAUAUGACACAAUUACGAGAACAAGAGAUCGACAUGCACGCUUUUCUUCUGUUGGAUGAGCAAAACCUCAAGGAUAUCGGUGUGUCCACGAUUGGUGCUCGUAAAAAGAUACAUCAUGCUAUAAUCAGUGAGUUGAGAUCUAUACUGCUACUCAUCGCAUGUUUUUUCCCAAGAUUACAGAGCUUCGCGAAUCAGCACGCAUGCACG